UCCGGUGAAAGUCUCUCUGCACGUGUCCCGUUCGACGGUUUCCGGUCCGGUUAGUUAACCUGCAGGGUGUUAGAUUUUACCCAAAUUCUUUUAUUGAAAGCGUGAGAAGUGAAGACAGGAGAGGACUGUUUACAAUCAACAGGAAGUUUACUGGACGUCUGAGCACAGAACUGGAGAAUGUCUGAAGAGGUUCCACAUGAGGGGGACCAAUCCCAGUCCUCUGAGUUCCAGUCCCCAUCCCAGACCCAGUCCACCCUCUCCCCGUCCCAGGCCCAGUCUACCCAGUUGCCAUCCCAGGCCCAGUCCCCAUCACAGUCCAAGUCCCAGUCCCAGCCUGGUUCCAGCUCUUCUAGCGGGCCGACCUCAGGAAGCCAGUCAUCCAGUGGCUCUGGGACUCUGAGCAGCAUGGACACCAUCCCCGUCACUCUGCCGUCUGUCCCAGAAGAGCCCGAACCACAACCCUGGGGCCGCCUGCUGCCCAUGGCUCGAGGCUUCAGGAGCCUCGACUGCAUCGAGGAUCAGUACCUGUUUGGACGAGGCUCUAACUGUAACUAUGUCCUGGAUGAUCCUGAUGAUCGAGGAUCCAAUAAGUUCAGAAUCUACAGCAAGAAACACUUCAGGAUCUUCAGAGAGGGCAGUGAAGUGUUUGUGGAGGACUACAGUAACAACGGCACAUUUGUUGACGGGCUCCUGAUCGGUAAAAACAAGAGGCAACCCCUGGUCAACAACGCUGUGCUCGCGCUGGCUGAACAGCGCAACAAAGUGUUUGUCUUCAUUGAUCUGAUAUCUGAUGAUCAGUCCAGUUUACCUAAAGAGCUGCAGGAGAAAUAUCUGCUGACUCGACGCAUUGGCACAGGCGUGUGUGGUGAAGUCAAACUGGCCUUCGAGAGAUCAAACUGUAAGAAAUUUGCAGUGAAAGUAAUAAACAAGAAGAACUUUCAGUCUGAAGGGACAGCCACACGAAAUGCUGAGACAGAGAUAGAGAUUCUCCAGAGGAUCGACCAUCCAUGUCUCAUAAAGACGGAGGACUUCUACCAGACAGAUGACAGUUACUACAUUGUGUUGGAGUUGAUGGAGGGGGGUGAACUGUUCCACAGAGUGAAGUCUCAGCAGCAGCUCCACGAGGCCAUCGCCAAACUUUACUUCUACCAGAUGCUCAAAGCUGUCCAGUACCUCCACAGUAAUGGCAUCAUCCACAGAGACCUGAAGCCAGAGAACAUCCUGCUGUCCUCACAAGACGACGUCUGUCUCAUCAAGGUGACGGACUUUAACCAGUCCAGGAUCCUGGAGGAGGCCAUGCUGAUGAGAACUCUAUGUGGGACGCCGUCAUACCUGGCGCCUGAAGUCUUCACCCACGCCUCCACCACAGGGUACGGCCUCGCCGUGGACGCAUGGAGCCUCGGAGUCCUGCUCUUUGUCUGUCUGGGUGGUUAUCCUCCAUUUCAUGAGAGUUUUGGUCCUCAGUCGACCAUAGAUCAGAUCAUUCGAGGAGAAUUCACCAUGGUUCAGUCCAAGUGGAAACACGUCUCUGACCAAGCAAAGGAUGUGGUGAGGAAGCUGUUGGUUGUUGAUCCAAGUAAGAGGAUUACUAUAGACGAGGCUCUGCAGCACCCCUGGUUACAGGACCGUGCGAUGAUGGAGACAGCUCACACACUCAUGUACCCGCCUGGAGACGCUGCUGCCACCAUGGUGGCGGGGUUAGCCACUGGGAGGAAACGAGUGCGAGAUGGAGACGAGGAAGAGGAACAGCCGGCCAAACGAAGCCAAGCCCCGCCCCCUGCCCAGCUGUAGAGGGCCAGUCAAAUUCAGCAGGUUCCCGACGUCAUGUGACUACUGAAACACUGCACUGUAAAGUUUAUAAUGG